GUGUUACACAAGGGGCGGGAAGGGGAGUUCUUUAUGGCGAAUAUGACUAACGGAAUCCAGGAAGUAAUCGGGUACCUGGAACCUGCUAGUUUAUUCGACGGUAUACAUUGCCAAGAGGAUGUUGUCUGUGUAGAUGCACCGUACAUUUGAUGGCAAGUUAUUAUAAGGACUUUGGAGAAUAUAGCGAUCCUACGGUAUAGUCGUUAUAUAAAAUGAUGAAGGGACGAUUGACAAUGUUAUCUUUGUGUCUGUUCUUAACUUCGGCUGUAACAUUUAUUGAAGCUUUUAACCCUAACACCGGACUCAGCGAUGAUACUGCCACUUACACACAUCAACGAAUAACCGUUGAAGCUAUAGACAGGAUUGCAGCAGACUUUUUAUUGACCAGUAACCAGGUGACGACGUCACAGACCACAGAAUAUGAUUUUGUCAUCAAAGAGCAUUUCGAAUCCGAUUCUGACAGCUACGAAAACUACAAAAACAGGGCUCAGCAAUUUGCCAACGCAGUCUCAAAUGUGUAUCAGAGUUAUCGUACAAACCCAGAUUAUACCGUCAACUCUGAACGAAUCCUCGAAGCACAUAAAAUAGUCCAGGACACACGACUAGAGAUAGCAAGCAUCCUGUCGUCAGAAACAUUAACUGAUACAGCAGUUACAUUAUUGGUUGAAAAAUUAGGGAAAUGUUUGAUGAUCAUCCAGUCAUUCUACAGUAACACUAACUGGGUCGAGAUGAAUGGCAGAGUAGCGUAUACAGAUUUCGGUUCACUAGCGGCACAGAGCUUAAUGCAGAUAGCCUCAUCUAGUGAUGCAACCUGUAGGACCUGUGACGACAGCCGUGUAGCGCUGAACCUGGGUUCCUGUAACGACAACUUAGUACUCACUGAUCGGCUCACGAGUGGAUAUUUGUCUGGGCAGCUUCACUCUCCAAAACCAACAGCUAACCCAGCUCAUACUACAGGGAAGUGCAGUCAUGGUGGCGUAAAGGAUUCUGGGAGGAUAACUCCGGCUGCCGGGGGUAUCAACAAAGAAACCACAGACUGGGACUUUUCUCCUCAUGCUCAUCUGCAUAACGACGCCUCUGAAGCUGCUAUUCAGGCAACCGUGGCAUUCUUUAUGGAUCCAACAACUGGUAUACUCACUGACAAAGUUCAAACAACUGUAGCGACACUACUUGGGUUGCAACUGAAAUCGACACCUUCCCUUGCAUUCGCCAUCGACGUUAGCGGAUCAAUGGGAGACGAUAUAGCAUCGGUAAAGGAAGUGUUACGUGCUAAAGUUAACGAAGUAAAGGGGACCGAACGUGCGCCAGGCAAAUAUGUGCUAGCUACAUUCAAUGACCCCGCGAGUUUAACUGAAGUUACCAGUACGACUGAUGGCGAUGAAAUGAUUCGUUUGAUAGACAACCUUAUCAUAAGUGGAGGCGGCGAUUGUCCGGAAUAUGCAAUAUCUGGAAUACGAGCUGCUAUUCGACUCUCGGAACCAAAUUCAAAAAUAAUUGUUGCCACUGACGCCGACGCAAAAGAUUCCAUUGAUACAUUCACUGCUAUUAGUGAGGCAAAUGCGAAAACGAUCAGGAUUGAAUUUCUCCUGACCGGGUCAUGCACUCGACGACGCAGAGUCGCUCCGGCAAGGUAUAAGAGAAACCUGGCAACGUUCCAAAGUAUCGCGGCCAGUACCGGAGGGACUGUAUAUCAAAUUGGCAGCGGUGAGCUUUCAACUAUCCUAAAUCAAUUACUCCAGGAGGACUUUGCGUCAUCAACGGCAGUGGUGGAUUAUUUUGUACAGACCACGUCAGAGAGCAACUCAAUGGAUGUACAUGUGGAUAGUGAAACUACCAAUCUCGUCAUCACUAUCUCAGGUCCGUACAGCUCAACGCAUGCAACGUUAUCGGAUCCCACAGGAACCGUUCAAACAUUUUCCACAGAAGGUACCACUCGGUACUAUUCCAGUAACACGAUCACAAUGACAAUUCAGAAUCCGACGCCUGGUACCUGGGUAUUGACCCGCCUUCUGAGUAGACGAUGGGAAGUCAACGUCACUGUCUCCAGCGCUAUUGACAUCGAUAUUCAGCUGAUAGAAACUGACGACACCGGAAUAUAUUACGUGUCUAACAGGAACCCGAUAAUAGGUAAAAACUACACGAUUGCUGUCGUAGUGUACAAUUUGAACUCGUCGUCGACAUCCUUUGCUCUGAACAUUCUAGACGAGGAGGGGACAGUGAAUUACAAUACACCCAUAGACCUCAAUUUUGGACCUUCUAAGAUCACUGGUUAUACAUCGAUUGUGAUUCCAUCCACGAGUUUCUACGUCCAGUUAAGUGGGACCGACCAGGAUGGGUUCCAGUUCAAGAGAACAUUGGGAACAUCGAUAACACCUGUUGGUGUGGAUUUAUUUAUUCAACCAAUAUUUGGAAACCUUGCCAUCGGAACACCUCAGAACAUUACCUAUACACUAAGUAACCAGGGCAGUACUACAGAGACGUACACGGUUAGCAUUGUCGACGAUAAAGGACGAAUUCUAUCGCCAACUUCACAACAGCACAGCGUUAGUGCAGGGAAUGAUACAACUGGAAUAUUUCAGCUGACAAGCACCAUUGAACUGGAAUACAUUACCUACACAGUAAGCGUCACCACCUUCGGAUCGUCAACUGUUCUACAGUCUACGACAUAUACAGCAAUGUUUGCUGGAUCGUACUGUUCGGCAUUCAUGACGUCACAGUGCAGCGGGGGAAACACCGGAAGUAGUAAUUGCUCGCUAUCCAAUUGGUCUGCUAAAGCUGCUUUCUCAUUUGACGUCACGACCUUCAUCGUCACGGAUAAUGUUACCGUAUCCAUUGACGGCACCGACAGGACACGACUGCUCAUCAAUGGCACUUGCUGUAUAACAAAUUUCACAGUCAAUGCAUUUCCUACAACCGGAAGUGGUUGCCAAGCGUCGCAAUCGGUUGUUGGAUCGGUAUUUCAAUCAUCAACUGACGACGUUUCCGAUCAGGAAGAUGCUGACGUCACUUCCGCUAUAAGCACAAACAUCGGACUGAUCGUUGGGGUGUUGGUUGGUGUAGCGGUGCUCAUUAUCGGUGCCACAGCCUUACUGAAGCAUGUAACGUCGAAACAGACCGUUGUAAAAGAUGAUGGUGUAAUUGCUUUUAAUGACGACAAACAUGCUGACAUUUCAGGUCGAACGCACUUCGACCCAAAGACACUGAAUCCCAAGUCACUGGAGAUAAUGCUGUCACCAGCUCCGCCUCGGGCUACAACGCUGAGAAUAAAUGUGCGUAGCAGAAACCAGUUCUGGAACAACAAACCAGAUAAACUUCGAACUGUGAAAAUGUAGAGGGUCAAUAUGUGAUAUAAUGUGGCUAUACCAAACAUUAAGAUAUAUAACGCAAAUGCUAUUCAACGUCACUACAUUAAGAAAAUUAGGAAUAAGCAUAUUUUGAAUGUUAUCUGUGUGUAAUUCCUAUAUAAAAUAAUAUAUUCAUUAUUUGGCAAAUGAUAAGUUCCAUGUUAAUCUUAUAUAUCAGCCUACAGAAAACACUGCACAAGGAGAGUUAAAAGAAUCAUUGUUAAUCGAUAUAUUUAAAUCUGGUCUAAAUUGUUCUAACGGCAAAGUCAUUGCAUGAAUAGAAAAAGAAAAUUUAUGCGAAAAGUAUGUUGCUGUACCUAUGCCUGUAAAAAUAUAUGUAUUUCUGUAACAUCAUCUUUGUUGUUCCACAAGAGUUGACGUAAAAGUCUUGUGUUAAUUUUAGCGUCACUUUGAGUAGGUUGUAUUAUGACGCCAUAACGUAUCAUGACGUCAUCAUUUUCUGUGUUUUGUUGAUGUCCUGUCAACAUAAAUAAGCAUUCCCCUGAGGAACCUUUAAAUGUGAAAGGUCUAGGGAAGUGCUAAGAAACACUUUUCUCAUUUCUUUUAUAUUUAACAAUCAAAAAGACUUUGGAUGUUUUUUGUGUAUGUUUUUAAAAGAUAUUUAUUGUUUAUAUAUCUUAUAUGAAAAGAAAAGGUUGAAGCCGGAUGAUGACGGACGAAGGAUGCUGCAUAAUAGCAUAAGCUCACUUGGACUUUCGGGCAGAUGAUCCAAAACAAACGAAUUCAAUGUAUAUUUUUAUCAAUUCCCUUUAUAUAAAAACAAAAAUGUUGAUAUUCAUUUAAAGUAUUAUGUCGGGUUACUUCAUAAAGUUAUAUUAUAAAAUAUAUUUUUCUAUCAUUGUAUUUUGCUAUGUACAGGUUUGUGUUGUGUGUGAUUUUUUUCAAGAAGAAAAACAAAUGAAAUAUUUCAAUAAUUAUGUUGUUGAUUGUUUGACAAACGUAAAAUCUUGUGACCGAAUGAAACCAAUAAGGUUUUGUUCACAUUGUAUACUAAAAUGCAGGUUGAAGACUAUGAUAUCGCUUUUUUUUUGGCGAGAAACCUUCAUGCUUACCAGAUAUGUCUUUUUGUGACGACAAUUGUUCAUUGAACUGUGGUACUUGUUUCUAUUUCCAUGUUGGUUCCAAAAUAUGUGUUUAUGCAUGCAUGCGUUUAAAUAUCUUAUUUGUUCAUUUUGACUUCAAUUCAGAGGUUGAAAUAUACAUCUUAAUGAGAAAUACUGUCUGUGGACAUCUUGAUAUUUGGAAUAUAUUCAAAUAGUUAUCCAAUCAGGUCGGGAGAAGAACUGUUUUGUCAUUACAUUAUUCAAAACCUGAAAUCCUCUGGCUGUCAACACAAAUAUUGUUAGCUUAUUACUAUUAUUAGGUUGAUACAUUUUUGAUGCAAUGUUCAAAUAGAUCCCAUUAAUGUACUAAGAUCCCAGUACCUAGACCAUCAGUUUCAAUUCACCCUUUAACAGACCUCUUACUACAUAUCCUUGUUAUAAAACUAUUUACAAUAACAUGUUUUUGUUAUGUAAUUAUUAACAAUUACAUAUCCGUGACAUGCAAUUAUAAUUUCUAUACGACUUUGGAUAAUAGAAGUCGAGCCGUGUCUGUAUCAAUAUAAUCCAUGCGCGCGAGUUACUAAGCUGUGCGCACGAGUUACUUAUCGGUGCGCACGAGCUACCAAACCGUACGCAUGAAUAAGUAACUUCUGCUCAGGGAUUAGUAAGCAUGGGCUCCGUAGAUGAAGCUUCAUUCUUUUUGUUCAUUUAAUGUUAAGGAACAAAUCAUGUCUUUUACAUCUAUAACCUUGGAGCACGUGCUAUAUAUUACGAUAUAUUAGGCUCUGUUUGACUAUUUGAUUAUCAUGUGACAGGAACCGGGUAGUUAAUAUAAACGGAUAAAACAACUAUUAAUGUUUUACAAUAAAAUAAUUAUUUUAUACUACUUUAACAUCAAAUAUUAAUCAAACAGUUUAUGAUAAUUACAGAGAUUUUUUUUAUUAUUAUUUAACUUCAUGCACUUGUAUCCAUAUUUAAAUUUUUAACAUUUUUGACAUCGGAAAUAGAAUAUCUUUACGAUGUUUUGGUACAUAGACAUCUUGUUAUUUGACAUGCAGUAAAACAAUUAUCUAGUCAGAUCGGGAGAAAUAUUCUGACAUAAAACUUAAAGCUAAAUAUGAUCGGUUCUGUCUGUCAAUAGAAACAUUAAUAACGUAAUGUUACCACUAUACUUCUGACGUCAUCCUCUAAUAGAACUCAUCAAUAAACUCAGAUCCCAGUACUUUGAUUAAGUAAUAGUGUCGUAUUGUAUCAUGUGUAGCAUUUUAACGGUUUUUAAUUUCUCAAGUACAAGCAUCCAAUCUUCUAUCAACGUUAGCUCAAGUAGUGUCAAUUACAACCACUCUACAAGGGCCCAGUUGUUCGAAAGGUAACAAGCUUAAUCAGUAAUUAGCGCAAAUUUUACUUUUUGUGUAUCUUUAAACACAAUCAUUAACUGAGUGAAAAUAAUCCAUACGGCAAAGGUUGAAGUAAAACUACAUGCAAACUUAUGAGUUUUAUCUCGUACACUAGUUUAUGACAUAAAACUUUACUCAAUAUGAGCGUCUCUGUCUUAAUAACGUAUUAUUACCUCUAUACUUCUGUCAUUAUCCUCUAAUAGAUCUCAACAAUAAACUCAGAUCCCAGUACUUUGAGCUGUAGAAUGAAUACACCUGUUCUCGGUCCCGUAAACUCGAUUAUGUAAUUAUAAGUUAUAACAGUCGUUUUCCUAUCACGUAUAACGUUUUAACGGUUUUUAAAUUACCAAGUACAAGCAUUCAAUCUUUCAUCAAGUUUUGCUCCCGUAGCGUUAAUAACAGCCGAUCUACAAGGUCCCAGUUGUUAAAAAGGUGACAAGCGUAAUCAGUGAUUAGCGCGAAUUUUACUUUUUGUGUAUCUUAAAACCAUUAACUGAGUGCAAACAUUUCAUACAGCAAACGUUUUAGCAGAUUAAAUUUACAUGCAAAAUUAUGAAAUUUUUACCUCGAAUAUUGAUCAAAUAUAAGAGGUUAAAAAUGUCAUUAAACAGUUAAAAAACUAAUAAAAGAAACAACUUACCCCUAGUUUACGUUUAUUUCAUUAAAGAGAUAAAAUUAUAUAGAGCGCGCGCAUAAUGUAGCUUUAGUGGCUUUAAUGGCUUUAAUGGUUUUAACAUGGAAGUUUAACAGUAAACGGGAAAAACAGAAUAUUUGUAAAUUUUUGAUAUUACUCAAAAAUCACUUUAGGAAAAUGUACAUGAAUGAAUGAAUUCCCAACAAGGCUGUGAUGUUUUAUUUUUAUGUGCAUUACACGUUAAAGUGACACCGUGAAAUAUACAGACGGUCACGUAGGCGGAUUUUAAUUAUCGAUCAACAUAGUUGUUUUCUCAGAGGUCACGCCUGUCUGUCAGCCACCCGACACUUUAAAUCGAUACCAUUAUCAUUCAUCCUUUUCUAUGUUUGGGCCAGAAUAAGGUUUAAGUAUGAACCGGCCAUUUUGGGAAUAAAAUAUUAAUCAUAUACAACGUCGUAUGUCUUAUAAAAUCAGCAGCAGGAAAGGCUAAGAGAGUUAAAAUUGUACAAUGGAGUAAAAUUUAAAAAGUUAGUUACAAAUAUCGUGUAAAGAUUAAAAUGGAAAGAUAUAUAUAUAUAAAUGCCGUAAAAGGAGUCAUAUAUGUCAAUGGAAUUACAUUUUGUAAAACAGACUAUUGUCUUUUAUAUAGUUGAAUAAUGCAUCUAAGUCUACGGAAAUGAAAAGGGUUUUAAUGUCCGUGGCACUGAAGUAUUUAUCACGAGUGUAUCUAAAGACUGAACAUUCUUUUAAAAUAUGCUCCGCUGUAAAUGGAGUCAUAUGCGUUGCAU